AUGUUUACAUGGGACAACUACACACAGGUAACUGAGUUUAUCCUCCUGGGCUUCCCUGGCUCUGUGGGGCUCCAUCUGUUCCUCUUUCUGUUGUUCCUGCUGGUCUACUCUUUGACUAUCAUUGAAAAUAUCAUUAUCAUCACUCUGAUCAGAGUCAACCCUUCGCUUCACAAGCCUAUGUACCUCUUCCUCAGUAACCUGUCCUUCCUAGAGUUGUGGUACAUCUCUGUCACUGUGCCUAAAAUGCUGCUUACCUUCCUGGCACCUGAAUUUGGGCGCAUUUCCUUCAUGGGUUGUAUGGCCCAACUCUACUUCUUUCUAGGACUGGCCUGCACUGAGUGUGCACUCUUGGGUGUCAUGGCAUAUGACCGCUAUGUAGCUAUCUGUAACCCACUCCGCUACCCGGCCAUAAUGGGCCCUGGUCUCUGUCUCCGUCUGGCCACCAGCUCCUGGCUCAGUGGUUUUACCGUAUCGCUAGGAAAGGUCUUUUUCAUCUCACGCCUUGGCUACUGUGGACCCAAUCUCAUGAAUCAUUUCUUCUGUGACGUGUCCCCACUGCUGAACCUGGCCUGCACCGACAUGUCCAUGGCCGAGCUCAUUGACUUUCUCCUGGCAUUGCUCAUCCUGAUUGUUCCCCUCCUAGUUACCAUCUUCUCCUAUGUCUCCAUCAUCUCCACUGUCCUGAAGAUCCCCUCUGCCUCAGGCCAACAGAAGGCCUUCUCCACGUGUGCCUCUCACUUGGCUGUAGUGGUCAUCUUCUACUCAGCCUCACUCUUCAUCUAUGCCCGGCCCCGGGCCCUCUACUCUUUUGACUAUAAUAAGCUGGUGUCAGUAGUCUAUACUGUGCUCACCCCACUCCUCAACCCCAUUAUCUAUUGUCUGAGGAACACAGAGGUGAAGGUUGCCCUGAAGAAGACAGUGCAGAGGAUGUCACAGAAGAUGGACUCUGUCUCCAAGGAUUCAGGAGGGCUCAGGGAGUUGUCAUCCCACUUCCAGAUGACCUGA